AGCUUUCAUCUUUUUUUUGCCUCGCCUUUCACUGUUCCAAUCUCGAGGUGCAGCGAAGAAGAAGAAGAAAGAGCAAACGCCAAAGCCGAACUCGCUCUGUAGCUCACUCCCUCUCCACUUCCAGUUGCUGCUGCUCUGUAUCUAGUCAUCUCUGUCUCUCUCUUUCUCCCUCGAUGAGCACAACAGCGCCACCCACUUGAAGAUUGGCGGAUCUUUUCCACUCGCUCGCGCGCCAUGGGAAGCUCCACCUUCGUCCUCCUGCUUGCCGCUUCUCUCCUGGUCGGUUGCAAUCUCGAGUACGGAGCCGAUGCUGCUCCUUCCGGGCACUUGGCGAGGCAGCUGUCCUCUCUUCUGAAGUGGACGAGGGCUUCGUCGAGAACGCCUCAAUCAGAUGGGAAUGCUCUUCAGUUUGAGAGUGGGUACUUGGUUGAGACUGUCGUCGAAGGGAAUGCGAUCGGCGUGGUUCCUUACAAAAUCCGUGUCUCUGAUGAUGGGGAACUCUAUGCUGUGGAUGAAAUUAACAGCAACAUCGUCAAGAUUACUCCUCCACUGUCCCAGUAUAGCAGAGCAAGAUUAGUUGCUGGAUCUUUUCAAGGUUAUACUGGCCAUGUUGAUGGAAAGCCUAGUGAUGCGCGUUUCAAUCAUCCCAAAGGUGUCACUAUGGAUGAUAAAGGGAACGUGUAUGUGGCUGACACCUUAAAUCUUGCCAUCCGAAGAAUUGGAGAUUCAGGUGUGACAACCAUUGCAGGUGGCAAAUCAAACGUUGCAGGGUACAGGGAUGGGCCUAGUGAGGAUGCAAAAUUCUCAAAUGAUUUUGAUGUUGUAUACAUCAGGCCUACCUGUUCUCUCUUAGUUAUUGAUAGAGGAAAUGCGGCUCUUCGACAGAUCUCUCUCGAUCAAGAAGAUUGUGACUAUCAGUAUGAUUCACUAUCUUCAUCAGGCCUUUUGGCAGAUGUCCUUAUGGUUAUUGGAGCUGUCUUGAUUGGAUAUGUUGCCUGCAUACUGCACCAAGGAUGUGGAACUUCUGUUGUUUCGAACAAGACACAGCCACAAGCUUCUGAGUUUGUGCUAAAAAAGGAUCUAAUGGAAGAAAAGCCAAUUCCUGUUGUGAAUACCCCCAAAGAAGACCCAGGGUGGCCAUCAUUUGGGCAGCUCUUGAUAGAUCUAUCCAAGCUUGGACUGGAAGCACUUGUAGGAAUAAUCCUUUACUUUGUGCCCUCACGUCUCAGACCCAGGGCCAUGAAGAAGGGUCUCACACCUUUGAAGGAUUCUCUCCGGAUGCCUGAGGAUGAAGUUGAUCCCCAGUUAGUUCAGAGACGGAGGACUCCUGCUCCUCUUUCUGAAACCAGGCAGGUUCAUACUCCUAUUGAGAAGCACUCUGAAACUAAGCCUGUGAAACUCAAAUCGAGCAGUUUCAAGGAUCCUUCUUUGUCCAGCAAACACCGAAGUUCAAAACGACAGGAAUAUGCGGAAUUCUAUAAUUCGGGUGAGGUUCCAGCAUACAGCAAAAGUAAGAGCCAUAAAGAAAGGACUAGGCAUCGCCAACGAGACAAAAGUGGAGAAGCGCUUUAUGGAGCGAUUGGGGUGGAGCAGAAACCAGUUGAGAUGAAGCCUGUUGAUUACGAGAGAGCAAAAUACGAGCACUACAAUAUCAGGAGCAAGUAUGGUUCUGAUGAUUCCUUUCGAUUUUAACUCGCUCUUCUUCUAUCCUUUUUCUCCCCCCCAAAUUCAUGCUAUGCGUUUCAAUUUUGCCAUCUGUAAUUGCAUCCAGCUUUUAUUGAGGAGAGUCGUGGCUGGCCCUAAACUUUUGAAUCAGGCACGGGUAGUGCGGGGGGCUGGCUGUUGCAUUUUAUACUAAUAGUGGCCUAGUGAAACUCACUUUUAAGCGCCCGAGUUCUCAAUCAACUUCUUGGGGAAAUGCAUUAAUCGUGUUUCCGCUAAACAGGUAUCGUGCUUGAUAUA